AAAAAAGAAGCAAAUCUGUAUUUUUGUUUGGCUCCCAAUAAAGAAAUGGUCUUAUGGGCCUCGGUCGAAUUAUUUUUGAAGCCCAAAGGCCCAGAAGGACAUCGUCCUCGCGUAACCGUCAAAAUUUUCAGGCAACUUCUCUCCGCCCCGUUCGAAAAACCUCGCGGAGAAUUUUCGGGCGGCUUGCAGGUGGAGUUCUCAUCCUCUUCGCUGGUCCUCUUCCCGCCAUGGACACCCAUCACGCAUCCCUAGGUCGACGAACGUUGGAAGAAAUUCGGCAAAAGAGGGCGGCUGAAAGAUUGAGCAAAGCUGCUUCAGGCCCAGAUCUGAGCAAAAUUUCGAGCCCUAGUGAUAUUUUGGGGAUGAAAAAAUCAGAGAGUGGAAGUGGAAUCUCAGAGACGGAUGUAAGCGGUUUAGUAUCUCAGCUAAGAGACUUACAGAAGAAGAAUGCAGAAUUGGAAGAAGAAAACGAGACAUUAAUUUCGAAGCUUCAAAUGAAGGAAGCCGAUAAUAAUUUGCAACGGCAGCGUCUAAUUGAACUGGAACAGAACACCAUACCAUCCUUGAGAAAGGCGCUCAAGGAUGUUGCCAUGGAAAAAGAUGCAGCUGUUGUUGCACGGGAGGAUCUUUCAGCCCAGAUUCGUACAAUUAAGAAACGUUUGAAGGAAGCAGAAGAAGAGCAAUACAGGGCUGAGGAAGAUGCAGCAGCUCUGAGAGCUGAACUUAAUUCGAUACAGCAACAAGCUGUGGUUAGUCCACUUGGUGGCUUCACCUCUAUGGGACAUCCACCAGAGCACUUACAAGCAAUAGAAAAGGAGUUAGCUAAGUUAAAAUCUGAGUUACAGCAAGAGUCGCAAAUGAGGCAGCAAGAGCAGCAGCGAUUGGCUGAGGAGCAAGCCCAGAUUUCUACACUUAUGUCUGAGAAGCAGAAAUUGGAAGAGAAACUGGCUGUCGCAUCUAAAGGGGCCUCAGAUACAGCAGUUGUCUCAGAAAAAGCACCUCAAAAAGCAUUUUCCAUGGAAGACAAAGAUAAACUGGAGCAACAGUUGCAUGAUACGGCUGUAGCUGCCGAGAGAUUGGAAAGUAGUAGACAGAAACUGUUAAUGGAGGUUGAUUCCCAAUCUUCAGAAAUAGAAAAGCUUUUUGAGGAAAAUUCUAAUCUUUCAUCCUCUUAUCAAGAGGCAAUUGGUGUAGUGAAGCACUGGGAGAACCAGGUGAAGGACUGCCUUAAGCAAAACGAAGAGCUCCGUGGCAUGCUAGAUAAAUUGAGAACUGAACAGUCUAACAGUCUGUCUGUAGACAACAAGGUGAUUCUACGUGGCUUAUCAGAAAACAAUGAAGAUAGGAGAAAUGAGAUUGGUUCCCCGCCAUAUCCUACUGAAAUUGCCUCCCUCAAGGGCCAACUUGCAAAAGAGCAGAGUAGAGCAGAGGCACUAUCUGCACAGGUCAUGCAACUUUCUGCACAACUUCAACAAACAACACAAGCAUACAAUGGUCUUGCACGCAUAUAUAAACCAGUACUCCGGAACAUUGAGAGCAGUCUCAUCAAAAUGAAGCAUGAUGGCUUUGUUGCUUUACAAUUAACAUAGAAAGCAUUUGCAGUAAUCUUCAAACAGAAACUUAUUUUGAGGCCCAUAAGGUCAGAUGGAUUGUGCGAUGUAUUGUAUAAAUAGAUUAUUAUUUAAAAACAAAAGAAAAGUAAAAACUAAAUUUAGAGGCUUUAAAA